ACACUAUAGAGCGACUUCGCUGCUCAUGUGGUGCUGAUGAUGGGCAGUGCUAUGUGUAUGAGUUUCACAUCGCAGAAUUGCCGAACACUUUCGCAGACGCUGAUGAUGGGGUUUUUCUUCACCAUUUGGAUACAGCAAUUCAGCUGGAUCAUCACGAAUAAUAGCGAGAAGAACUUCUUACCGCCGCAAUUAUCACUUGGUUUUUCCCUGCUUCCCGACAUCGUUGGGGUGUGCCUGCUUUGGUUUGCUGUGCUAUCCAGCCCAGCAUCGUUCCUUAGUAUCGAAGGAACUACAGCGAGAUUGGACAAAGAUACGAUUAAGAAAGUCGGCUAUGGUUUGUGUUGUUACUCGUUCAUCGUAUGGGGUCAUUCUAUGAACAUGGCACCAGCUGGACUAGUGCCAGCGUUUGUAGAGGAGCAUUGGUUUGACAUCUGCACGUACGGCGCUCUUACCGCUUGCCUGCUCUGCCCAAAUGUGGCGGGGGUGGUCAAUGGAUUGGGCAUCGUUUGCAUCAUAUUCUUCCUGCAAGCGACAAUGUCUUCCUACUUUACCUCGCCCACGAUCUCACUGUGGCAACAACAAGCCACGGGUUUGCUGGGUUGUUUGCUGAUUGCCGUUGGUACGAAGAGGACAGUUCCACUGUAGUGUAGUAGCUAAUGAAUUCAACCUGAAUACAACACGGAUAUCUGCUAUUCGCUCAUACAACCUGA